AUGUUUUCGAACUUUGCCAGUGCGAUAUCUGGUAAUGCUCCAGACAAGACAAGCAAAGAUGAGGGAGCAUCGCUUACAUCGGUCCUCGAAACACCCACACUUCGCGUCGAAUUGGCACUCCUCGUGCUCUUAAGCAUCGAUGCCAUGCGAACCGAUAUCACUGCUACAUUCGAGCCAUACAACAAUCCCGAAUCGACCCCUUCUGUUGCGAGCCGAUCGUCUGCACCCAAUACCAAGACACCCACACCAGACCUUAUAAGCCUCGACGAGCCUCGACAAACUGCGAUAAGACCCUCCCCUUCGAGGGAAAGAUCGCAAGAGCAUGAUUCCACCCAAAUGCAAGCUUUGCGACGAAGCGCCUUGACAUUCUUCGAUAAAUGGCGCGCGAGUGUUAUGCACCGCAUAUGCGAUGUUGUCUCUGUUCGGGGUGAGACUGUGCGACAAGCAAAAGCGAAGCGAAAGCAAAUAUCGGAGCAAAACGAACGGCAAAAGCAAGGCAUCUCCUCGCUUAUCGAUUUCGACGACGUCGACCCUUUUGCCAACGCGACAUCUAAGCAAUCCGAGAAUACAAAACAUGGUCAGUACGAGGUCAUAGAGACUAGACUGCUGGCUCUCGAGGAAAAGAAGCGUGUCCUGAUCUUGCAUUGCCUUUUGCUUCUCUUGCUGAGCUUGGAACAAUACUCGGCACAUUCGCGCAUCUUGCUGCUACGUCUCGCAAGUAGUCUGAAACUAGAGGUUGAUCUGCUGGGCGAGCAUGAGAAGUCGGUUGCACAAGGCCUCUUAGCGACGGCUGCCUCACAAAUGGACGCCGAAGCAACAGCAAAGAAUCAAGCAUCCAACGAUGCCGCGUCACGCCGCUGGAAGGUUGGCCUCGCAACUGUAGGCGGUGCAGUUCUGAUCGGCGUCACGGGUGGUCUUGCUGCACCCCUACUCGCCGCCGGCUUAGGUACAGUCAUGGGCGGACUUGGCCUUGGGGUCGUUUCAACGUACCUUGGUGCGUUGGCAGGUAGCUCAGUGCUCGUCGGAUCAUUGUUCGGGGCCUACGGUGCCAAGAUGACAGGACGUGUAAUGGAGCAGUACGCAAAGGAAAUUCGAGACUUUGAGUUUCUUCCAGUCCAAGAUCCUGAUCGACCGGCAAACCAGCGCGAACUCGAUUGGGCUGAUGAACAAGAUGCCCGUGACCCUCAGAAACGUGAACAACAUCGACUGCGUGUCUUCAUUGGUGUCAGCGGGUGGCUGAACUCGCCAGCUGAUGUCAGUAAGCCCUGGGAAGUGGUUGACUCUGGAACUACUGAGCCAUUUGCGUUGCGUUUUGAGCUUGACGCGAUGCUGCGUCUCGGAAACUCACUCAAUGACGUUCUUUUCGGAUAUGCUUUUGACGGUGUCACGUAUGCUGUAGUCAGUCGUACGCUUCUCGGAGCGUUGUAUGCCGGUCUAUGGCCACUCGGCCUUGUCAAAGCUGCCAGCGUGUUGGAUAACCCCUUUAGUGUUGCACUUGCUCGAGCUGAUAAGGCUGGUAAGGUUCUCGCGCAUGCUCUUAUCGAUGGCGUGCAAGGAAAGAGACCUGUAACCCUCACCGGGUACUCGGUCGGCGCGCGUGUUGUAUAUGCAUGUCUGAUUGAGCUUGCGGAACAACACGCAUUUGGUCUCGUCGAAUCCGCUGUUCUUAUGGGUACUCCUGCACCAGCAAACCCCAAACGCUGGAGGCAAAUACGAUCGGUCGUUGCAGGGCGUAUUGUCAAUGUCUACAGCAAGGAAGACUACGUACUCGGCUUCCUCUAUCGGUCAGCGAAACUGCAAGUAGGUGUGGCAGGUCUACAGGAAGUCGAGAGCGUUCAUGGUGUAGAGAACGUUGAUGUGAGCAAGCUUGUCAGUGGACAUGACAGGUACCGGUACUUGGCGGGUACGAUAAUGGUUAAACUUGGUUUUGGUGAUGUGGAUUUCAACAAGGUGGCUGAACAAGAACGCGCUCUUGAGGAGGCAGAAAAGCGAAAGGCUCGAGCCCAAAAGGAGGCUAAACGCAAAGCAGCAAAUGAGCAAACGCAGAAGCCUAUUCCCCAGCCUCAACACCGGCCAGCCCCAACUACUCAAGACUCUUCGAACUCUCUGAUAGAUUUCUCAGAGCCAGAACCUGCAGCUGCUCCCAAAAGCAACUCCGAACUGUCUGGUUUAUCUCUCACACCCUCUGGUACACAAGAGGGUCUUUCUCCAAACUUCAAUGCAUCAGCAUCGAGUUUAUCUAACGAGCCCUUUCUGGACAGCUCUAAAAGCAUUCCUAACUCUACGACAUUGCUGCCAGACUCACACGACCAUCCCAACACGGAGAACUCGGCCGUUCGCUUAAAGAAAAACGGCACUGACGUCGCUGUUACUGAAGUCCUUGUCCUGGAAGGAUGCGAUACUACCAAAGAUAAAAGCACCGGCGAUGAACAUCAAGAUGACUUUGAUGAUUAUGACUACGACGCUGAAGAAGUCAGUAGUGAGUUCGGUGAACUCAGUAUGGUCGAACCGUUACCCAUGGACGACAACGACUACGGCUUGAUGUAA